CCACCUCACCUCACUCGCCGCGUCGGCGGCUCCUCCGGGUCCCCCCAUCAAGGCUACUAAUGGCAGCCGGAUCUCGGCGACAGCACCGCCGGAGAUGAAGCGCCGCCAUCUCCCGCCGGUCCUCUUCCUACUCGCACUCUCGCUCCUCUCCCUCUCCUUCCGGCGCUACCUGUUCCUGCCCCGGGGCCCGUCCCCAUACGCCGCCGACGCGCUCCUCCGCCGGCUCGCCGCCACCGACGUCGGCGGGGACCAGGUCCUGGCCGAGGCGGCCGCGCUCUUCGCCAACGCCUCGGUGUCCUCGUUCCCCAGCCUCGGCAAUCACCACCGCCUCCUCUACCUCCGCCUCCCUUACCGCAGCAACGCCACCUCCGCCCCGCGGCAGCGCGCCGUCUCCCGCCUCCGCGUCCCCUUCCAGACGCUCCCCAGCGACGAAUCCCUCCUCGCCGCCUUCCGCGCGUCCCUCCGCUCCUUCCUUCUCGCGCACCGUCUCCGCCGCCGGGAUACCAAUGUCGCCGCCGUCAUGGGCGACCUCGCGGGCCUGCUCGGCCGCCCGCGGCGCUUCCCCACCUGCGCCGUCGUCGGCAACAGCGGCAUCCUCCUCGGGUCCUGCCGGGGCGCGCAGAUCGACGCGCACGACCUCGUCAUCCGCCUCAACAACGCCCGCGUCGCGGGCUACGCCGCCGACGUCGGCGCCAAGACCUCGCUCUCCUUCGUCAACUCCAACGUCCUCCACUACUGCGCCGUCCGCUCCGCCAUAACCACCCCCGGCUGCGCCUGCCACCCCUACGGCCGCGCGGUCCCCAUGGCCAUGUACGUCUGCCAGCCGGCGCACCUCCUCGACGCGCUCAUCUGCAACGCCACCGCCACGCCGGCCUCCCCGUUCCCGCUCCUCGUCACCGACGCGCGCCUCGACGCGCUGUGCGCGCGCAUCACCAAGUACUACUCGCUGAGGCGGUUCGUGGCCACGACCGGGGAGCCGCCGAGCAACUGGACCACGAGGCACGACGAGAGGUACUUCCACUACUCGUCGGGGCUGCAGGCGGUGGUGAUGGCCCUGGGGGCGUGCGACGAGGUGAGCCUGUUCGGGUUCGGGAAGGCGGCGGGGGCGAAGCACCAUUACCACACCAACCAGAAGAAGGAGCUUGACCUGCACGACUACGAGGCCGAGUACCAGUUCUACCACGACCUUCAGGCGCGGCCGGAGGCGGUGCCGUUCCUCGACGAGGCGCCGGGCUUCAAGGUGCCGCCGGUGAAGCUGUACUGGUGACCGGUGAGGUCGGUAACAUGUAAUUGUCAGCUAGUGUAGUGUGUUUGUUGUACAAUGUUUACAAUUUGAUGAUAUGAUAGCGGUGUUUAGGCAGAGAGAAAUUUGUAGAUUGUGUCAAUUGGAAGGGGUUGAGAGACUAUCUAGAUGUCUCGGAUCGGGGAGCACGUGGAAGAGGGGAAAAUGUAGCUCAGUUUUGUGUUGAUCAGAACUGAUCAAAUUCAUUGUAACAAUUCUUGUCCAUAUAUUUAGUACACUACAAUUGUACGCU